AAUCCGAACUAGACCAUUGUACACUAUAAAAGAGUUAGACAGAAGUCUCCCCAUUGUUUAGUGCGUCGACGAAAUAGAAACGGUUCCACACAAACAUCAAGGAUGGAUGAAGACAAGAAGCACUUGCUCCUCCUCUUCGACCGUCCCAAGGAGCCUGUGUUUAUGGCCAAAGGGCGCAAGAACACGGUGUUCAAAGUCGACAAGGAUUAUUUGGCUGACGAAUACAAACCAAUCGCACCUCAAGUCGUAAACAGAUUUGGCGGAGAUGCAGGUGAGAAGGUUAACGUUCCACGUAUAUCAAUCCCACCUCUGGAUGACAUUUUGGACCUUGGUCGUGAGGAGAAUUUUUCCCUGUUCAUCCCUAAACACCGUGCCAUAGCUGGAAAACUGAUUAACAUCUACUUGGGUAUGCGUAAUGUCCAGGACUUACUGUCCAUAGCUGUGUAUACGAGAGAUCGAGUCAAUCCGUAUUUGUUUAACUAUGCUUUGUCUGUGGCUUUGUUGCACAGGCCUGAUACUAAAGACAUAGAUCUACCAUCCUUCAUCUUGUCUUUUCCUGACAAGUACAUAGACAGCAAAAUUUUUGCCAGGGCUAGAGAAGAAGCUACAAUUGUUCCAGAAGGGUCAAAGAUCCCUAUUGAGAUUCCUGUAGAUUACACAGCCUCCAAUUUGGAAGAGGAGCAUCGUGUAGCCUACUGGCGUGAAGACAUCGGUAUUAACCUCCAUCAUUGGCAUUGGCAUUUGGUUUAUCCGUUUGAAGCUGCACGUCAAAUUGUCGACAAGAACAGACGUGGAGAACUGUUUUAUUACAUGCAUCAACAAAUUGUUGCUAGAUACAACUUCGAACGUUUCUCGAAUAAUUUAAAACGUGUGGACCGUCUAAUUGAUUGGAAACAACCAAUUAGAGAGGCUUACUUUCCGAAAUUGGACAGUUUAGUAGCAAGCAGGGCUUGGCCAGCCCGUGUCGCCAAUCAAACUUUGUCCAACCUCCGAAGACCGGUUGAUCAAAUCAGUGUGGAUAUUGAUGACUUGAUGAGAUGGAGGGACAGGAUUUUCGAUGCCAUACAUUCAGGUGUCAUUAGAAAUGACCAAGGACAGGAAAUUCAGCUUACUGAGAAUGAAGGAAUUGAUAUUUUGGGCAACAUGGUUGAAUCCAGUGUUAUCUCUCCAAAUAGGGCUCUCUAUGGUGAUUUACACAACAUGGGGCACACCUGCAUAUCGUACAUUCAUGAUCCUGAUCAUAGACAUCUUGAAAGCUUUGGUGUCAUGGGUGAUUCUGCAACAGCAAUGCGUGAUCCAGUCUUCUACCGCUGGCACGCUUAUCUGGACGAUUUGUUCCAGCAGUUCAAAAAUACCCUUCCAACUUACACAACUGAUCAGUUGGAUUUCCCUGGAAUAACAUGUGACAGCAUUGAGAUCCAAACUCCCGGUGGAAACUCAAAUCAGAUCAACACCUUCUGGCAACAAUCUGAUGUGGACUUGUCCAGAGGCUUGGACUUCCAACCUAGGGGAGCAGUCUUCGCCAGAUUCACUCACUUACAACACAGGAACUUCCAAUACAAAAUCGUGGUCAACAACCAGAGCAACGGCAACAAACAGGGAACCUGCAGGAUAUUUUUGGCACCCAAGUUCGACGAAAGAGGCAACCCGUGGUCGUUCCGCGAGCAAAAACUGAUGUUCAUCGAGUUGGACAAGUUCACCGUCAACUUGAAACAAGGAAUGAACACCAUAACUAGAGCUUCGACCCAGUCUUCGGUAACGAUUCCGUUUGAGCGUACCUUCCGAGAUUUGGACACUAACAGGCCGCAGACUGGAGAUCAGUUGGCUCAGUUCAAUUUCUGCGGCUGCGGCUGGCCUCAGCACAUGCUGGUUCCUAAGGGCACUCCUGAAGGUCUUCAGAGUCAACUUUUCGUCAUGAUUUCCGACUAUUCUGGCGAUAGAGUUAAUCAAGACACUUCUGGAGCUUGCAACGAUGCUGGAAGUUAUUGUGGAAUCAAGGAUAAGCUGUACCCGGAUCGUCGGUCCAUGGGUUAUCCGUUUGACAGGCUACCAAGGCCAGGAGUUGAUACUCUUCAACAGUUCCUCACUCCCAACAUGAGGGUGCAAGAUAUAUCCAUCAAGUUUGAGAAUCGCACCUUUAAGCCAAGGUCAAAUCAAUAGAAUAAUCAAAUAUGUUGUCAAUAAAUAGAUACAUUAAGCAAUG